GAGACGCCCCUCUGCUUCUUUCACCCCAUCUGAAAACCACCCUGGGUUCCUCCCUCCACCAUUACGCCAGAGAGAAGCAAAUAAAAUGCUGGUACUUGAGUGAUUGGGCUUCUCUGAUGGCCCAUCUGUAACCCUGUGUCACCAUGGUGCACUCAGGAGGCCUCCUAACCCCCCAGGAGAAGUCAGUGCCACUGAAGAGCAUCUCUGUGACCUUGUCCAUCUGUGAGUUUGUGGCUGGUGUGUCUGCAACCUUAAACUACAAGAAUGAGGAGGAAGUUCCUUUGGAGGCUUUCUUUAUAUUCCCCAUGGAUGAAGACUCAGCUGUCUACAGCUUCGAGGCCAUGGUGGAUGGAAAGAAAAUUAAAGCAGAAUUACAGGACAAGAUGACGGCACACACCAGCUAUGAGAGUGCCAUCAUCCGUGGCCACCAAGCCUUUCUGUUAGAGGAGGACAUGUGCUCCCGGGAUGUGUUCUGUUGUAACGUGGGGAACCUCCUGCCCGGGUCGCAGGCGGAGGUCACCCUGAAGUACGUGCAGGAGCUGCCCCUGGAAGCAGAUGGGGCUCUGCGCUACGUGCUCCCAGCUGUCCUGAAUCCUCGGUACCAACUCUCUGGAUGUUCUAAGGACAGUUGCCUUAAUAUGAAGACUCCUGAAGUCUCUUUGGAGGACCUGCCCUACACAAUCAGCUUGGUGGCCACCGUCAGUUCCCAGCAUGGCAUUGACAGGAUUCAAUCCAACUGCUCCCUGAGUCCUAUUGAGUACCUUGGAGAUAAUAAGACUUCUGCUCAGGUCUCCUUGGCCGAUGGACACAAGUUUGAUCGGGAUGUGGAAUUCCUAAUUUACUACAGUGCAGUCCACACCCCUAGUGUAGUCGUGGAGAUGGGAGAACCUACAACAAAGCCAGAUGGUGUGUUGGGAGAUCCAGCUGCAAUGGUGACUUUCUACCCGAAUAUCCCAGAAGCUCAGCCAUCAAUUGCCUGUGGAGAAUUUAUCUUCCUCAUGGACUGCUCAGGAAGCAUGCAGAGCCCCAUGAAUAAACAGAGGAAAUCUCCGCUGCGCAUAGAGGUAGCCAAGGAAACACUGAUUUUGCUCCUGAAGAGUUUGCCUCUAGGCUGUUAUUUCAACAUCUAUGAAUUUGGAUCUACUUUUGAGGCAUUCUUUCCGAAUAGUGUGGAGUAUGCUCAGAGUACCGUGGAGGAGGCACUGCGGAGAGUUAAGCUUAUGAGGGCUAACCUAGGGGGUACGGAAAUCUUGACACCACUCCAACACAUUUACAAGCAGCCUUCUGUACCAGGCCACCCCCUGCAGGUUUUUGUCUUCACAGACGGAGAAGUUACUGAUACAUUUACUGUCGCUAGAGAAGUUAAGAGCCACUAUCUAAGGCACAGAUGUUUUUCAUUUGGUAUUGGUGAAGGAGUCUCCACCAGCCUAAUAAAAAGCAUUGCCCGGGUGUCACGGGGCACUUCAGAAUUUAUCACAGGCAAGGAGAGAAUGCAGGCCAAGGCACUUAGAGCCCUGAAACGUUCUCUGCAGCCCGUGGUAGACGAUGUUUCUCUGAGAUGGGAUUUGCCUGAUGGUCUGUCUGCUAAAAUGCUUUCCCCAGAACAGACUGUCCUCUUUAGGGGUCAGAGAUUAAUCCUCUAUGCCCAGUUGACUGGGACAAUGCCGCCAGCAGAGGCAACAGGAGAAGUUUGCCUCAAGUACACACUCCAAGGAGAGAGCCUGGAGAAUAAAGUGACAUUUUCCCUACAACCCAAGCUCGAUGCCAACCUCACCAUUCACCGACUUGCAGCCAAGUCCUUUCUCCAGAUCAAGGACAUGGGCCUCAGGGAGACUACAGCAGGUGAUAAAAAAGAUGUGGUGAAAGUCAGCAUGGAGUGUGGAGUCAUAAGCUCCCACACAGCUUUCAUUGCUGUCAACAAAGAUCUCAACAGGCCAAUUCAGGGGCCACUGUCUCCUCGGGAUGUUCCAAGGCCACUGCUGCUGCGUGCUGCCCCAGUGGUGCAAUCCUUCCCCCAACAGAAGUGUGGACAAUGGAGACAAAGACGUCACAGACGAGAGAAGAAAUGCACGUCCUUAUCAGAGGGCUGCCCUGAGAAGACAAAGCCUUGUGGUUCUGCCAAAAAGACCAGUGUGGAAACUCGCGGUCCAGUUGUUCAAGAUAAUCAUCUUGUAGAGUUGAUUUCCCUUCAAAAGGCAGAUGGUUCCUGGGAUCUGAAUGAAGGUCUGGCCUUGGUCCUGGGUAUGAAGUUGGAAGACAUACAGGCUGCACUUCCUGACAAGGAUGCGAAUUCUUCAAGCUGGGCCACAGUCCUGGCGGUGCUCUGGCUGCAUGACAACGCUAAGGACAUGGAAUGUGAGUGGGAGCUUCUGGAAAGGAAGGCAGUGGCCUGGAUUCGCAUCCAUGCAGGGUCCGUCAGGCAUGAGCUUGUGAAAGCUGCAAUUGCUCUCACGAAAUCGUCUGUGGAUCCUGCCAUCUUUGGCCCCUGAAGAGACCCUCCAGAAGAACAAGUGCCUCUGCCAUGUUACAGUCCUUGCCUUCACCGUCUCUUCUGCUCUGAUGUUUCUGUAGUUUAUACCUAUCCUGUCAGCUUCUUAUUGUACGAGCAGUGGGCGCCCACACCCUCUAGCCUCUUGGUGCCAGCUUCUCUUCAAACGUGCUUUUCCUUCCCCAGCUCCUACCCUCAGCUGAGUGUCACGGGUCCCAGAAUCUGUUCCCUUUCUUGGAGGAAUUCAAAGCAUUCCCAGGCUAUAAUGUCCCUCCUCAAUUUUCCAGAAUGACCACAUGAAACACAGGUGAUGUGGACUCCAGACUAAAGAUUGUAGUGUUGAUGUUUAGGGAAUGCUUGAAUUAGAGAAUUCUCUGCACUUUUUUUCUGUUUAUUUUUGUCCUUAGGUACUUAUCAGGACCAGACUGGUGAACUAUGCACUUUUUUAUUUUUAGAUAGGAAGAAGAGCUGGAGGGGAGGUAGAAAGCCAACACUGGGAUGAAUAUAAGCUUAAGAUCACAAAGAGGGAGACUCAGGGGUCCACUGUGAGGUCUGGCACUUGGGUAGCUUCUUUCUUUUAAAAAUGUUGUUUUUUUAAAUUUGGAGAAUAAUUGCUUUACUGUGUUGUGUUGGUUUCUGUCAUACAGUGACGUGAAUCAGCCAUAAGUAUACAUGUGGCCCCUCCCUCUUGAACCUCCUUUCUACCCUUCACCCCAUCCCACCCCUCUAGCUUAUCCCAGAGUACUGGGGUGAGCUGCAUGCGUUGUAUAGCAACUUCCCACUAGCUAUUGGUUUUACAUAUGGUAAUAUGUAUAUUUCAGUGCUCCUCUCCCAAUUCAUCCCACGCUUUAUUUCUUGGGGACUUUCUUGAUUGAUCCUGCUUGGGCUUUGCUGGCCUCUGCUACAUGCCUUUCCUCCCACUGCCUUGGUGACUUAGGUUGAGUUAUGUCUGAUAGAGACCUGUUUCUCCUUAAUCCUUAAAUAUCUUAGUAAGAAAGCACUAAUGGACUCCUUAGUCCUAGUCUGAACUUAUGAGGCUUCUAAGUCCAGAUCUGACCUCAUAUAAUAUAGGAAAAAACAAGUUGAAGGGCAGUUUCCCCUGAGACCUCAACCUAGACCGCUCACCUCAUGAGGAAGAAAGGAGCUCCUCGUGUUUCUGAAACUAAUGUCCCAUAUACUCUAUCCUGGUAGAAAUGACCCUUUUUGAUGUGUUGCCUCCUAAAAUGAUAUCAUAUCAAUAUUAAAAUGGCCAUCUCUACCCUGCA